CUCGUUUCGCCUCCCGAACCAUCACUGACACCAACGCUUGAUCUCAACGCGUGAAGCGCGUGAAGUCUUCACUAGUUCCUAUAAACCAUCCUCUGCUCACUAUUCCCACUCGGCUCCCGACGGACCUGUUCGUUCGUCGCUGAUAAUGUCUGAGGAAGAGAAGCGCACGCUCGCAGCCCAGAAGGACGAAGAGGCUGAGACCAACUCAUCGGAUGCCGAGCAAUCGGACGACGAGGCGUCUGCAGGAGACGUCGGAGAGGACACCGAGCAAGCACAGAGCGACUCCCGCCUAAGCGCGAGCCCCUCGCCUUGGCAACGGCUCGCGCUCGUCACGUUCGUGCUCCUCAUGUUCUGGUUUGCAUGGGCGUUCCGCAAGCACAACAGCCGGCCAAAUAUCGUCUAUGCCGACCGAUACUCGGCCGAGUACAAGUACAGGCCAGCGGCGAGUCCGAUCAUCACUGAGAUCCUGAAGGAUGGGCGGACCCGUUUGAGAGGCGCAGUGCCGACGAAUAAGUGAAGGGGGGGCUCGGGUCUGGUGUUGAGGUGUUUGAGGUGCUUUCGUGGAGGUGUCGGACUCCUUGCUCUUAUUAUGCUCUUUCUUCGUAAUUUUAUUGUAUACUCCAGUUGCUCUUCUCGUUGCUUGUGAGUACGUAUCUUCACGGCCCUCUCAGAUACCUCA